UACAAAACAGUAAUCCAACAGUGUUUCAGAUACGAAAAUUAGAUAUUUGUUUUACAUUACAAAGUUUUGUUACGAGGACCUGCUAAGCUCACAACUUUUAAGAUGUCGUUGUAUUCUUUUACUGAAUGCCUGGAUGCCCAAGGAAUUCUGAUUUUCCUCUUGCUAUUUCUGCUGAUAACCGACAUUGUCAAGAACAAGAAACCCAAGAACUUCCCUCCUGGACCCUGGGGGCUACCCUUCGUGGGAAACAUCUUUAAUAUCGACUUUAAACAGCUCCAUAUUUCCACGGCAAAGCUGGCAGAAAUCUAUGGUAAUGUUUAUAGCCUGAGGCUUGGAAGAAAUAAAGCUGUGUUUGUGACGGGCUAUCAGAUGGUGAAGGAGGCUCUGAUCAAUCAGGCAGAGACCUUUGCGGCUCGACCCCCAAGUCCAACAAUGGAGAGACUUUACAGCAACUAUGGUUUGUUCUUUAGCAAUGGAUAUCUGUGGAAGAAACAGAGAAGAUUUGUUCUUUCCACCCUGAGGAACUUUGGGCUGGGUAGGAAGACUCUGGAGUCAGUGAUUUCUGAGGAGAGUAGGUUUCUCCAGCAGGCUAUAGAAGAUGAGCAAGGUAAACCUUUCAAUCCCCACUUUCUUCUGAACAAUGCUGUUUCAAACAUCAUCUGCUCCAUGGUAUUUGGACGCAGAUUUGAUUACAGUGACAAUCGCUUCCAGAGGCUGCUGCACUUACUGUCAGAAACCAUGCAUUUGGAAGGAACGAUAUGGACACUGCUUUAUGAAGCUUUCCCUGUGAUAUUGAAGUAUUUACCCGGACCACACAACAGGGUCUUUAAGAACUAUGAAGAACUUGAGGCCUUUGUGGGGGAAGAAGUUGAGAGGCACAAGGAAGAUUGGGACCCAUCAGCACCCAGAGACUACAUUGACAGCUACUUAGCAGAGAUACAAAAGAAUAAAGAGGAUACUGAGGCAGGAUUCCAUGAGAAGAACCUGGUCUUGUGCACUUUGGACCUGUUUAUAGCUGGGACUGAGACCACCUCUACCUCUCUACGCUGGGCUCUUCUCUACAUGAUCAAACACCCAGAGAUACAGAAGAAAGUCCAGGCUGAGAUAGAGAGUGUGCUUGGACAGGGACGGCAGCCCUCCAUGACAGACAAGCCCAACAUGUCCUACACUGAUGCUGUUAUCCAUGAAAUCCAGAGGAUAAGCAAUAUUGUUCCUCUGAAUACACCAAGGAUGACUACUAAAGAUACAACACUGGGGGGAUAUUUUCUUCCAAAGGGUACACCAGUAAUGACAAACCUGACCUCAGUGCUGUUUGACAAGACUGAAUGGCAGACACCAGACUCCUUCAAUCCCGGGCAUUUCUUGGACUCUGAAGGGAAGUUUGUCAGACGAGAAGCUUUUCUUCCAUUUUCUGCAGGAAAGAGGGUGUGUCUGGGAGAGCAGCUGGCCCGGAUGGAGCUGUUCCUGUUCUUCACUUCCUUUUUGCAGAACUUCACAUUCAAAGCCCCUGAAGGGGAAGAACCCAGUGUGGAAUUUCAAUUAGGGGGCAUCCUAACUCCUCGGCCUUUCAAGAUCUGUGCCAUUCCACGAUGACAUCCACAUCAGUGUCUUAAAUCUAAAGAACACUGGAGGGCAGGACAUUUAGAUUUUAGAGGACAAUUUGACUGUAAAAGUAAAAGCCAGAACUUCAGAACUGUGCUUUUACAUACAGUACAUUCCAUGUGAGAUCCCAGUUUUGUAAUUUAACAAACAGCAUGCUAAAAUUUGCUUAGAAGUUUUAAGCAUACGGUGAUUUACACAGCUUUCAGGAAUGUGUCAUUAAAGGCACCAGGAUUUGUCCACACUGACUGUAGAGAAAGGACUGUUAUUGUGGAUUUCCAAAAUAGUGUUGCAAAAAUAGUAGGCUUUUUCAGAUUCAGAUUCAUGACAUGUCUGUAACAUUGGAAUUUUUAAUGAAUAGAAUUUAGAACUUUUACAGUCAAAAUAGUUUCUUCUAACAUAACAAGAAGAGAAUAAACUUGAUAUUAUGUAAACAAAGCAAUUUUAUACAGAAAGAAUACCUACAGUACAGUAUAUGCUAAGACAUGGUAAUACAAAUGUGUUUUUGACUUUUGCCAUCCUUUCAUUAGACUCUCGACAUGCAGCAUUCUACCCUUAAAAUGGGCACUUCUUGAUACUUCAUUCAUGCAUCGCUGACUUUAAUCGUUAAAAUAAUAAUCAGGCAAAAUGUGAUGAUUCCUUAAAUUUGAAACAAAUUGUAUUGCAGUUGUUUUACA